UAAUCAUAGAUGUGUACAUCGUGUAAUCCGCGAGAUACGUCAGUAGAGCGACAGCUUCCCUAUUAAAUCAGCAUGUUGCGCACGGUUGUGAUGUCUUUACACAUACUACAAGUCCUGUCAUCCAUCAUAUCUCAAUCAAAGCUCUUCCUUAACAGUGACUCUGGUCUCACUGUACCACCAUAAACUCUUUGCGACACCGGCGUUAAGAUGUACACAACAAUUCUAGAAUGGUUAUGGGGUAUCCCCAGCACAACGACCGACGGAAAAACAUACGACGAUCAAGGCAUACCAUACGUUCAACUCAACGAAGAAUACGAUUCAAAUGUUGAGCGAUCAUGGACCAACGACCCAAAGAAGUUAUAUCUUUCUGCUUGCUUCGAUCCAAAAGACGAAGUAAACGUAGCGAACGAUUACAACAUUGAUGGUCUCUGUCCGGUAGUCAAAGAAACCAAGGGCGACGAAUUUAUAUUGCGAGACGACAAGGGUCGAUGGUAUCUCUGGGAUGCAUGGGUUGGUGAGUUGAUGAAGUUCAGAGAUUGGUGGAUCGAAGGCUUCACAACAAAGGAAGAGUUAGUGGAGAAUCUUGUUUGCAAUAUGACCGAGGCGCAAGCGGACGUGGAAUUCAUCGAAAGAAAGCGUAGAGACAGUGUGGUAGACUAGUUGGACCCUGCAGAUUGUAGUUGUCUUGAAGAUCGGAUCGAGAAUGCAAAGUGGAGGUUGGGAGAAGGCAUUUUCUGCCCCAUUUUCCUGGUCCGUGACUCCUCCGCUUUGGACUAC